AGUAAAAUAUUCCUUAUACACAAGCUUACAUAGUCCGUUUCGUCUCUCGCCAUCGUCGUGGGCCACUUUCAAGGGGCAUGGGCACAGUGUCGACCGAAGAGGUCGUCGAGGCGAGUGGGUUUCAUUCAGUGCCUUGGCGGAGACGCGGCCGGAGUGGAGGAACGUUUAUGUAUGGUUUUUAACCAUACAUGAUGGAUGACAAUGCCUCUGAGCUGAUCAAGCUCUCUUCAAGUGAAUCCAUCUAUGGCACGCUUGCUAAUUUCGAGUUUGAGAAGAAGAUAGGAAAGGGCCAGUUCAGUGUAGUCCACCGAGCAAGAUGCAAGAUCGACCAGGCUGUGGUAGCUUUGAAAAAAGUCCAGAUCUUCGAGAUGAUGGAUUCAAAAGCAAGAUUAGAUUGCAUGAAAGAAAUUAAUCUAUUACAGAAACUGAAUCAUCCCAACAUCAUCCACUAUCUUGCAUCCUUCAUUGAAGACAAUGAACUCAACAUCGUGUUUGAGUUGGCUGAUGCUGGAGAUCUAUCUCGUAUGAUUCGACACUUCCGUAAGCAGCAGCGUUUGAUACCAGAGAGGACAAUAUGGAAAUACUUUGUGCAGUUGUGUUCUGCCCUCGAUCACAUGCACUCGAAGAGGAUAAUGCAUAGGGAUAUCAAGCCAGCUAAUGUCUUCAUCACAGCACAAGGCAUAGUGAAGUUGGGAGAUCUAGGGCUCGGCAGAUUCUUUAGCUCAAAGACCACGGCAGCACACUCUCUCGUUGGCACUCCAUACUACAUGAGCCCAGAGAGAAUUCAUGAGCAUGGCUACAACUUUAAGAGUGAUAUAUGGUCUCUUGGAUGUCUGCUGUACGAGUCCUCUGAAAGAGAAUAUAUGAAUAACAAUACUGACUUGGAGGCUGCAACAUUACCUCCCAACUUGAAGGCCAAAGCAGAGCUGUGCUGA